UCGCCGCGACGGAGCAGACCCGCGCGGGGGUCAGAGGUCAGGACCGAGGGAGGGAGUUGAAGUACCCGCAGGGAGGCGACGAGCUCGCACCGUGUCGACGAUCGCUGCAGACGUCGACGUGUUGCGUUGUGACCUGGAUCCUUUUCUUUGGGAAUAUUCCGGUCGUUGGAUUCUUGUGAUGUGAACAGUUUGAGGAGGAAGCUCUGCAGGUUUACCUGACCAGUGGGACCAGCAUCAGAUCUUGGGGCUCCCCUGAGUUUCCCUCGAGGUCCCUGGAGAUGGACGAUCGGGAGAAUCCUCUGGAGCGGGAACACUGCCUGUCCGUGGUUCUGCCGGGCGGACUGGAGAAGAACGCCACAGUGCAUGGAAGUAAACCAGUGAUGGACCUACUGGUGACGCUUUGCGCGAGUUACCACCUGAAUCCGUCCGACUACACCGUCGAGGUUCUCUCGCAGAACAAGAACAACAUCGGCUUCAAACCGAACUCCCCCAUUGGCUCGCUGGAGGCGGAGAAGAUCGUGCUGAGGCCCAGGGGAGCGGAGGAAAAGAUCCGGAGGCCGUACAUGCCGGAGGCAACUGUUCGCCUGUUGAUCAACUACAACAAGUCCCACAAGGCCGUGGUGCGGGUGAACCCCCGACUUCCCCUGGAGAUGCUGCUGCCAGUGGUGUGUGACAAGUGUGAGUUUAAAGUGGAAACCACCGUCUUGUUGAGAGACUCGCAGUCCGACGAGCCGCUGGACCCGACCAGGACCCUGAACGAGCACGGCCUGAGGGAGGUGUUCGCCAAAGACACGGCCGCCCAUGAGCCUGACGACCACCGGCACCGAGCCAGAACUCCUCAACCGGAGAUCAUCCCACCACCUGCACUUCAAGACCAGUCGAAGAAGGAGACGAAACAGAAGGACAACGCAGGAUUCCUCAGCUUGUUCAGAAGGAAGAAGAAAAAACCUGAAUGGGAAGGAGCGCCGAGCGCCCCCGCCUCUCCUGGUCCCAAACAAACCACGCAGGACGUUUCCUCCUCCGACACCCUGCCGGCGGACACGCCGAAGAAGAGGCGCGCCCCCCAGCCGCCGAUGGGCGGGUCGCUGAGCGUCCCUAACAACCUCAGCACCUGUCACCUGAUUGGGCCACAGAGUUCUGGAGAAUCGACUUUAAGGAGAACGAAGAGGAGGGCCCCGCCCCCUCCCUGUGACACACAGGUCAAAGGGACUCUAGACGCUCUGGACGAGCUGAGAGAAGGUGACGAGUCGGACUCCGUUCACCUCCCGCUGUCCUCGUCUUCGUCAGCGAAUCCCUGUCAACCGCGGUCCUCCUCAUCCUUCUCGCGUCCAUCGUUCGAUCCACGCCUGCCUUCGUUUCGAGGGAGGGACUUUUCCGACGCCCGCUGUGCUCUUGCCAAAGUCAUGACAUCCUCCGUUACCAAGGGAACGCUGGUCAAGCGUUUGAGGAACUCGGCCACCUUCCCAAAACUAUACAGCCGCUCCUCCUUCAUGCCCACGACUCAGAGGAGCCCGGAUAUCAGGGUUUUCUGCACCGAGCUCGAGUCCGUUCUGAAGUCGAAGCUCCCCACUGAGCCUGAGUGGGAGGAUCCUCUACAAAGGAAGGCCAUGACCACUUUCAAAGUGGUUCCCUCGAACAAACAGAAGUCCCACGAACCAGAAGUCACUCUGGAUGUUCCAGACCGGUGUCAGGUCCCCGUAGAAAAUAACCCUGAGCGUGAAGCUCCUCUUGAGGCUGAGAAGGAUGAAAACGAGCCCGAGGAUGUUUCUUAUUCAGCUCACGGAUCAGACGCUGAAACACCUUCCCACAGUCAGGAGCUCUCUGCUCUGGAGGCGUCCAACGGGCGGGACUCUCCUCCAUCUCCACCUGAUGUGGACAAUGAGGAGCGAGAAGAUUCACCUCUUCCUGAGGUCGGGGGCCACGAUGAAGAGCAGAAAGAAGAGGACGACGAAACUGAGGUCGCAUCUGAGGUGACGGCAGAUGUUCUGUCCGACUGUGGUGACGAAAAACAUCCGAUUGAUGGUGAGAUGAAGUCAGUGGAUCAGAGUGAAUGUCUUCAAAGCCCCGUUAGACGAUCUUUAAGCACAGACAUGGACCAGCGGGAAUCUUGCACUGAGGAGAAUGAAGUUGAGGACGUCUUCCCGCCUCCACCUCCACCCAUCUUCUUUAAUGAAGACGUAGAAGUCGCGGUUGAGGGGCAAGAAGAUACGACCGCUUCUUCUCUGCCUUCUUCCCGACCAACAAGUCCUAACUGCAACGGACAGAUCAGUGCGUCCAGCGAAUACCGUCCAGAUGAGUCUGAUUCGCCGUCAGCGGCACCGAAGCCCCAGGACGCGAUGAGCGCCGCUCCGUCCAGAUUUGCCGAGGCAGUGGCGUUGGCUGUGCAGAGGUCUCGCCUCCAGAGUCACGGGAAAACUUUCGACCCACAGUCCCCGGUUCACGGUUCACUUCCCUCAACGCCCAGGUCCGCAUGUCAGUACGGUAAGUACCUGAUCAGUUCGGUCUUAGGCCGGAGAUGUAGUUGCUUUUUAUCCACAACCAGAUGCAUCUUGAACGAAUCGUUCAAAUUCUUGCGAUGUACUACGCAUGUUACUGGAGUAUUCCACUAGAGGGCACACCACAGAACUCUGACCGUGUAUGACUUCCAGACCAAGACAGAAAAAGUGAUCGCGGCGCCAUCGUAGAUGGUAUGAGGCCCUUCAAACAAUAAUGCAAGUAUCUGCUGUUCACGUACACAAAAGACAAACAUUUUCCUGCCACCCCAUCACAAAAUAUUUGGAAAAUAUCUGGGAAGAUUCACGAGGAGUGAGUGGGUCGUCUCCCUGCCUCCUGAAUGACUUGGAGAUUUUCUUGGUCUAGACCCAAUUUUCUGGACCUUUUACAGAGUUCGUGCCUGGAAAAACAAAAAAAGGAUUUUAUUGUGGCAACAAUUUAAACAACACAAUAUUUGCUUUUAACUCUGGAAAAUUGGGUAUGAACAUUUUAUGGAGUAAAAGCAAAUAUACCUCCAGCUUUAAUCAUAUUGUAGCUCAGUUGUGUUGAGUAUUUCUGAAUGUAUGACGUGUAAAGAUGUGCAGUAAAUGUUUUACAUCUCCUUUG